AUGCUUUCUGAAGAAGACGCUCACACAUACAAAGUCCGAAGACACCCUCUGGUUAGGGCAGCGAAUACCACCGAAGCCAUGGGAUCCAGUCUGAUCAAGAGACUAGCACAUACGCUUGAAAAUCAAAGCGCAAAAACUGCGGUGAUCACCUCAAGGCUGAUUGGUGAUCUAGUCAUUCUGGCCCCUUCCUUUUUCUCCUGGUGCAUCCUGGCGGCACAGCAAUCGGGCAUUACCGUGGCGGAUCGCCCUCGAAACGCAUGGUCAAUCUGGGUCGGAAUUUUUACUUACCAAUCAGCAGCUUGGGAACGUAGACAAUGGUCGAUGUUGGGCGUCAAUACGGUGGCCACCGCUAUUCGGGUGGAUGGCUUUCAUGCAAUCUCCAACUUUAUUUCUGGGCAAGGCUUGCCACGACACAGCGAACAUCCUGAUCUUGCGUCUCCAAAAUCCAGUCUGGAUCAACUGCUCGACGAGUCGAUUAUACUCGCGCUCGAUGUGUCCCCACUGAUUUGCUCCAAGAGGCAGAUCGCCACAGCCACCGUCUUGAAGGUGUGCGGGGGAGUUGGAUUGAUUGGUGCGAAAUUUUGCGAGUUGGAAACCGUUGAGCCAUAUGGCAAUGACUCAGAUAUAGCCUCGCAUCUGCCGAUGGUGGGCGAGACAAAGAGUUACAGCAACAGGUUUUCCCAGUUCACCUAG